AAUAUACUCGGACGAGCAGAUCAACGGCAGAUCAACGGCAGAUACGGCACUGAAAAUAAUACUGGAUGGUUACUUGUCGUUGAAUUGCCAAUUAGUCGGGAAAUUAUUUAAACGUCAGAGUCGCCCGGCAUCAUUAAGUUUCAAUUCAACCAAGAACUUCGUCGCAAACUACAAUGCGUGUCAUUUUCGCAAUUCUCGUUAUAAGCGGAUUAGUCGCAGUGAGGUCAGGCGACGAGACUGACUGGUAUCCGCUCCUGCGGAAAUGUAAACGCAAUCAAACAUUGUUACACCUACAACCAUGUAUAGAGGACAGCAUACGAUCGUUGCAGUAUUACUUGAAAAACAACAAGAUUUUAUUUUCGCGUUAUGAACCGUAUUAUGAAGAGGAAUAUUACAUGUUUAACAAAAUGAAACAUUUUGACGGCUUUUUGUCGCUUUAUAAUAUACAGAUCAAAGGUCUAACAGACUAUACCAUAAAAAAUCGUUGGAUAGCACCUGAUUUCUGUCAAAUUAAAUUUGACGCGUUAUUCUCAAACCUUCAAAUGGAAGCUAUGUACUAUAUGAAAGCUAAUAUAAUGGGAAUGAACAUAACAACAUCCCCAAGCCGUAACAGAAUGUCAGCUGAACUUACACGCAAUAAAAUCGUCGUCAUUUUAGAGGGUGAAUUUUAUCAGAAACAUCAUGCAAACAAUGACGUAAAAGAACAUUUCCGAGUACGUAGUGUCGAAGUGAAUUUGGAUAUUGGAUGGAACGACUAUUUUUUUGACAAAAUAGACAGAGUCCGCAAUGUAUCCAUAAACAUAAAUAAACAUCUGAAACAGAACUGGUGGAAUGUUAAGUCUGAAGUAAUAGAUCAGCUGCAGCAGAGCAUUGCCACACGAAUAGAAUCAAUCGCGAAUUCUAUAUAUAAAGCAAACUCGAUGAAGAUACUGAUGCCAUACGACUAAGCAAGUCGUUGAUCUUAUCUUUAUUCAAAGAUAGCUAAUUAUUUAAUGACAACCACUAAUCAUUAGAACGGUUGACUUUGCGGAUGAUAUUUUUUACCGAGUGAGAAUUCAUGUAGCCUCGUUUGCAAAACGUUUUUUUUUUUUAUGAAAUUAGGAGUCCAUCGAACGAUGACAAUCGCGAGUUUUUAUUCACGAGUUUGCAUGAUAGUUGUCUAUGACAGAAGUCGAAUGAUAGUGCGCGGUGUAAAUAUUAGUCCUUUAUUAUACCUUUAUCUCUGAUAGAUAGAAGUAUAAUAAAAAUAUUGAUUUUUUUCUUUUGAACCCUUCAUUGCAGUUGCAAUGUCGGACAUCUCGUAUACUAUCACUUCAGCUUGUGUCAUGACUAAUUGCAGUGCAAACCCAUGAGCUGCGGCUUGCAAUUGUAAUUACUCGAUGAACUUCAAACUACAUUGGGAAAAGCAAACGCGUACACUUUUCAAUACGGUUUGGAUACUUCUUCUCAUGCAGUACGACCCGCAGCCGAUAAAACAACGAAAGAACUUGUUUUUUAUUAAUUGCCAGAAGUUAUGUUCUCUCAUUAGAGCACUAUUUUUCAAAAUACAUUGGGGAAGGAAUAUCCGAAUCAUACCAUGAAACCAAGUUUAUAGUUAUCCGAAAAGUGAGUGUUACGCUCAGAAAUUCCAGAAAAUACAACAAAUGUUGUAAAAAUAUUCUUUUUUCUUUUCAAAAAAGAUACAUCUUUUUAACAUUUACGAUAUAUACUGAUAUUUUUGCCAUGACAAAAAUGAAAGUGGAAAUUACACUUUAUAUGUAUGAUUUCUGUUAAAUAAAAUCCUGUAUAUCGUUACUUAUAUGUGAAA